AUGCAGAAACUGCAGACGAGUGAGUUUGAUGCACUUGUUCUGUGUUCCGGCCGAGUGGAGGAGAGCAAAAAGAUGAUCUCCAGCCAAGACUCGCCUUCGCGUCACACUUUUGCGGUGACAACUUGCCGUUUCACACCCUCAGCUCGUCGUAGCACCACUUUAACCUUUCCGCCUAAACGUGAACUCGAGCAGUUGGUGGUGUUUUCCAACAAAAUUGCCUCUUUCCUCCUCAAAGUAUUCACAUGA